AUGCGUCCUGCACUCCGGCUGUUGGCCAAUGUCAAGCCCCGGUACUUGGAGCCCUUUGCUCCUACCGGAUUGACCGGCCUCAACACCCACCCGAGUCCCCGUCCGACUUUGAUCUACUUGUACACCUCCACCCUUCAGAAGCUGCAGGCUUUCCCCGAGACUUCCGCCUACCGCCAGUCCGUCGAGGCCCUCACCCGCCACCGCCUUCAAAUUGUCGAGUCGCAAAAGCCCGCCGGCUUCGAUGCCUGGUUGGAGCGAGUGAAGAAGACGGUGGGCGCCGAGCCCGAGCGCUUUGCUCAGCUCCAGCGCCCCGACGGCUCUUUCUCCUUCGUCGCCAAGCAAGAAGCCGAUUACACUGAUGACCCUCGCGGUAGGGAAUGGGAUGGCGAGAAGAUUGCCCCCGGUACUGAGGGUCCUGCCCGUACAGCACAAGAAGCCGCCGAGUGGCAGAAGAUCAUUGAGGAGUCCACCACAACGGCCGAGAAGUCCGAGGCGGAUCACCAUGAACUUUCUAUGAAAUGGGAGAACGAGCCUGCUCUAAACGCUGACCAAAUCUCUGCCAUUGAGAAUCAGAUCGGCGCGGGCCUCAUUGAGGAGGUUAUUCAAGUCGCCGAGCACGAGCACGAGCUUGUUAACGAGAUGCACAAGCAGAAAGUGUGGGAGGAAUUGGAGGAGAAGCCCGCUCCCGGCCAGUGGACCUACUUUGACCGUGGUAACUAA